UAACAUAUAUGCACAUCACAUCAAAUUUCAUACUGUCUCAACUUCACAAGCAGUAGUUAUCGCCUGCGCUGUAAUCGAUAAACGUACUUUGCACGUGUGAUUUAAACCAAUGUUUAUAUUAUUGGGUUUAGUUGAUACUAUUACUUUAUUUUAUUAACCACUUUGGUAAAGUAAAGUAAUCAUGGGCAAGAAGGUGCACAAUGCCAAAGCGCGCCAGAAUCCACAAACAAUUGUGGACAACUCGGCCGUGAAAAAGAUUCAGAUCGAUGUGGAUGCUGUGGCCGGCGGAAGCCAAGUUGGCUACGAUGAGGCCAAUGCUCUGGUGCUGCCCUCAGAGAAGCGGGCCACCAAGAUUAAAGUGGACAAAGUGCAGCACGUGAAGAUCCUCUCCAAAAAGCAGCGCAAGCACCUCCAGUCGAUUGUGGACAAAAAGAAAAAGAAAGAGGGUCGCGCUCAGCUGUUGGGUGACCUUGCUGCUGUUCAAAUUCCGGAGGCGGAGCUGCAGCAGUACACUUCCAUUAGCCAAGUACAAACCGUGGGAUUAAAGCGUCUACCCACUCUGGACGAGUAUCUAGCCAAGAAAAAAGAAAAGCAGGCCCAAGUCUUAGCUGAAAAAAGCUCGGCUUCUGGUCUCCGCGUAAAUGCCAUAAAGGGCUCCAAGCGCAGGCUUCUUGUCGAAGAGGAGGAGGAACGGGAGGCGAAGCGGAAGAAUCCGAAUGUAAUUAGCGUGGAGGAAGACAAUGACGAUUCAUCCUCCUCUGAUGAGGACAAUGAGACGUCACCAGCUCAAUCCGCUCCUAUUGCCAUACCCACUCCAGUGUCUAUAGUUCCACCGCAAGUCACUGUUAAACCACCCAUUACAAAACUGAAGCCGGAGCCUACUCCUCUACCUGCCUGUAUUCACCAGACUGUCUAUGUGCCCGUACAUCGGACAACAGAAGUUCAGGAUGCCCGUCUUAGACUGCCCAUCCUCGCGGAGGAGCAGCAGGUGAUGGAGACAAUCAACGAAAACCCCAUUGUGAUCGUGGCUGGUGAGACAGGCUCCGGAAAGACUACCCAGCUACCGCAGUUCUUGUAUGAAGCAGGCUACGCACAGCACAAGAUGAUCGGAGUGACGGAGCCGCGGCGAGUAGCUGCUAUUGCCAUGUCCAAGCGGGUGGCCCACGAGAUGAACCUGCCGGAGAGCGAGGUGUCCUACCUCAUUCGCUUUGAGGGCAACGUAACACCGGCGACGCGCAUUAAAUUCAUGACCGACGGUGUGUUGCUUAAGGAGAUCGAAACUGACUUCCUGCUUAGUAAGUACUCAGUGAUCAUCCUGGACGAAGCGCACGAGCGCAGCGUUUACACAGACAUCUUAGUGGGUCUCCUGUCAAGGAUCGUGCCCUUGCGUCACAAACGCGGGCAGCCGCUAAAGCUGAUCAUUAUGUCCGCCACUUUGCGAGUAUCCGAUUUUACAGAGAAUACGCGUUUGUUUAAGAUUCCACCGCCAUUGCUUAAAGUAGAGGCUCGACAGUUUCCUGUGACCAUUCACUUCCAGAAGCUUACACCAGAUGACUAUGUGGCGGAGGCCUACCGCAAGACCUUAAAAAUCCAUAAUAAGCUUCCGGAAGGCGGCAUUCUAAUUUUUGUGACGGGACAGCAGGAGGUUAACCAACUGGUGCGCAAGUUGCGACGUACGUUUCCGUAUCAACCGCCAAGCAAGGAUGCGGCGAAAAAUGGUAAGGAAUCGGAGGAAGAAAAGGAGGAAACAAAGGAUGAUGCGGAAUCAAAGGAUGAUGCAGAUUCGACUGUGGAGGAUCCUAAGGAGCUGGAGUUUGACAUGAAGCGAGUUAUACGUAAUAUUCGCAAAUCUAAGAAAAAGUUCUUGGCACAGAUCGCUUUACCCAAAAUCAACCUGGACGACUACAAACUUCCUGGUGAUGAUACGGAGGCAGACAUGCACGAGCAGCCGGAUGACGAUGAGGACCAGGAGGGACUGGAAGAGGAAAACGACGAUGAACUAGGCUUGGAAGGGGAGUCGGGAAUGGAAUCGGGUCAAAGGCAACCACUUUGGGUACUGCCGCUUUACUCGCUCCUCUCCUCGGAGAAGCAAAACCGCAUCUUCCAGCCCGUUCCCGAUGGCUGCCGGCUAUGCGUGGUCAGCACCAAUGUGGCAGAGACAUCUCUCACCAUUCCGCACAUCAAGUAUGUUGUGGACUGCGGUCGCCAGAAGACCCGUCUCUACGACAAGCUGACUGGUGUGAGUGCCUUCGUGGUAACCUACACGUCUAAGGCUUCGGCUGACCAGCGUGCUGGACGAGCGGGUCGCAUCAGCGCCGGGCAUUGCUAUCGCCUCUAUUCGAGUGCCGUGUACAACGACUGCUUCGAGGACUUUUCCCAGCCGGAUAUCCAGAAAAAGCCAGUCGAGGACCUAAUGCUGCAGAUGCGAUGCAUGGGCAUCGAUCGCGUGGUGCACUUUCCCUUUCCCUCACCACCGGAUCAGGUGCAGCUGCAAGCCGCCGAGCGGCGAUUAAUCGUGCUAGGUGCCCUGGAGGCCACCAAGACAGAGAAGACAGAUUUGCCACCAGCCGUUACCCGUUUGGGUCAGGUUAUCUCCCGCUUUCCCGUGGCGCCGCGCUUUGGAAAAAUGCUGGCUCUUUCCCACCAGCAGGACCUGCUGCCCUACACCGUCUGCCUUGUGGGGGCGCUUUCAGUCCAGGAGGUGCUAAUCGAAACGGGGGUUCAAAGGGACGAGGAUGUGGCGCCCGGCGCGAAUCGGUUCCACCGCAAACGGCAAAGCUGGGCGGCCAGCGGCAACUUUCAGUUGCUUGGAGAUCCCAUGGUCCUAUUACGGGCCGUGGGAGCUGCAGAGUACGCCGGAUCACAGGGCCGCUUGUCAGAGUUUUGUGCUACGAAUGGAUUGCGACUGAAAGCGAUGAGCGAGGUGCGAAAAUUGCGGGUCCAGUUGACCAACGAGAUAAACCUGAAUGUGAGUGACAUUGAGCUGGGUGUGGACCCCGAACUAAAGCCUCCCACCGAUGCCCAGGCACGGUUCCUUCGCCAAAUUCUGUUGGCCGGCAUGGGCGACCGGGUGGCUAGAAAGGUACCUCUGGCAGAUAUCGCCGACAAGGAAGAGCGGCGACGAUUGAAGUACGCAUACCAUUGUGCCGACAUGGAGGAGCCAGCCUUCCUGCACGUCUCUUCCGUGUUGCGUCAAAAAACACCCGAAUGGGUAAUCUAUCAGGAGGCAUACGAGCUGCAGAACGGCGACUCUACCAAGAUGUUCAUUCGCGGCAUUACCGCCAUUGAGCCGGAGUGGCUUCUUUUAUAUGUUCCCUUGCUCUGCAACAUACGUGAGGUGCGCGAGGAUCCUGCUCCCAGAUUCGAUAAAACAUCUGGAAAAAUCUACUGUCAUGUGGACGCCACGUUUGGCAAGUCUGGAUGGGAGCUGCCCCUCGGGGAAGUGGAGAUGCCGCUCAGCGAAAAGGCCUGCUGUUACUUCGGCAUGUUUCUGCUAGAGGGCCAAGUUUGCUCGAGGCUAGCCGACUUCCGGAGCAAACUAAAGUCCACACCCGCCUCCGUGAUCAAGAGCUGGUCCAGUAUGAACGACAAGGUAUUGCGCUUUAAGCGCGCUCUCAUUACCAAGCAGAUUCAUAACCGCCAGGCGCUGCUCGACCAGUGGAUCAGCGAUCCUCACUUCCUUUUGGAAGAGUAUCAGAACCUGCUCUACGACGUGGCGCUAAGCGAACUGACGCCUUUAUGGCCACCGGUAGACAAGAAAGAACCAUAAAGCCAGCCAAAAAGCUAGAUAGAUGGGGGUUAUUUUUUUUGUAUAACAAGUU